GUUGAGGUUGAGCCCCAGUUUGUUCAUGAUGUGAGCGUCUUUUCUGUUGGGUCACUUUCUUUUAUCACCUCCACACCUGUCCCUGGACUAAAUGAUUUUCAGAAAACUGGCAAAGAACCUGUUCAACAUGACCCUAACAUGUCCAGUGGCUCAGUCUUUGAUUAUUCCACAAACAAGGUCCACAGGGACCUGAGAAUGAUCAGUCAGAAGCUGUCUCAUGUUGCACAGGGAUUGAACUGUAAUGAUGAAGGAAAACCAGAAACUUCACAAGGAUCAUUUUCCCCUCCCAGUAUGCAAAUAAGCAUGGUUCAUUCAUCAGCGGCAAUGCCAAAACAAAUGUCUUCAAUGUCUGGCAUCCCGUCAGCACGCCGUUCUUUAGCGUUGCAUCAAAAAUCAAGUCAGAAUCCAGCAAGGGAACUAACGGGCUCUAAAAUUGCACCAAGGGGCAUACCGGGAAAAGGUAUGAUCCGCCCCCCAAUGGCCCGCCAAAGUUUGCCAAGGCCUAGUCUGGGAAACCCAAAACAAGCCAUGGAGGGCGCUGGAGGAGGCAAUAUAACCAACAAGUUUACUGGAAACAGGCAAAAAAUUCCAAAAGCUCCUGCUGUUAAGGUAAAGUCUGGUACUACACAUUCUCAGCUACCAACUGCCCUUUCUGUUAAACCACCUACACGAUUUGGGGUAACAGGUCAUACUGGACGUCUCUCUGUUGCAAGCCAGAAUGCAGUUGCCAAUCUGCAAGAUACUCGAAGUGGCGAGACUGUUUUGGUUGUGCGUCCGCCAAUAUCAACUGGUGUCAGAACCAGCCUUCCAAGACCAGGAACAUCUUCAAUACGUCCCCCUCUUCUACAAUCCCAAAAAGUGUCUCCGAAACUUAAAUUUCAAGGGUUACCUACAAAAAAAAAUCUGGGAGAACUUCCAACACUUGGGUUUCGAAAAGAAAUUGGUUUAAAAGCUGAAGGCACAUCAGCUGUAAGAUCCACUGCAAAACAGGCAACUCCUUCACUGGGCGUCCCUAAAGAGGCUGCCUCCUUUGAAGCCAGUUUUCAAGCUAGUGCCUCUCCAAACCAUGCUGUGCAAACCAAAGCAGAAAAACACAAGGUUUAUUCCUCGCUGACCUCAAAAGAGAUUGAAAGAAGUCCAACUAAUUCUACUGAAUUUGCUGAAUCCAUACAUGAUGGUUGCCAGCACCUAGAGAUAUGUAAAUGCUGUCAUGUGAGGUAUCACAAACUUCUGCAAGAGAAUGAGGAUCUUAAGAGACGUCUUGGUCAGGUACUGCCUACACAAGUGGAGGUGACUCGUAUGGCUAUGAAGAGUGAAGAUCUUGACCGUAUAUGAAGGAUUAAUUGCUUGUAUUUCAAAUAACUGAUUGAAGCUGCCUAGAAGUCACUGGGAUAAAAGCUGCUACAGUAUAUACACAUUGGCUUGUUCUGUCCCAUUAGAGCUACCGUGUACAUCUGUUUACUGUGUGAAUAACUGCUGUUGAUAUUGUAAUAUUUGUCUUAUAUUAAUAUGUAAAGUAAAAAAAAUAAACACUCACUUUUUCA